UCCAUGCGUGCGCGCCCUAGUUUCAAGUGACCCCCCAACCCCACCUCCUUCCUACAAUGAAAACUGAGAUAGCAGGGGGGAGGGAAAAGACCAUGAAAGGAGAGAGUUGGAUGAUGGCUACUUUUCGGGCCAUUCUCUGCUAAAUUCCUUUGGCCUGUCUCACUCCUAGGCUGCCCAAAGGAUAGUACAAGAGAGGGUAAAAGUAGAGAGGCAACUUUGAGCACAGCAAGCGAUUUUUCUGAAUCUUGCGGUCUCCACACAUACUGAACGAGUCUGGUAGACCAAAGUUAGCUCGUCAACGUUAGCAUUGGUAGCUACCAGCUAGCAGGAAGAAAAACCGGGAGAGGAAGAGGAGACAGGCACAGUUAUCUAUCAAGUCGUAUUAUGUUGCCUUUAGGACGGAGUUUAAGCUUUGGGUGACACUGAAGUAGUGGAGGUGCUUCUUCAACGAAAGGAAUUAAUGCAACAAGCACGGAUAACCGAGAUGUCGGGGCGGGAGGACACUCAUUGCGGUGCCAGCUCGUAUGUGUCCCGAGGCUGGCCACAUUCGGUGCUUUGGAGACUCGGAGGUUUCUUUUUCCUUCUUCUGCUAGAAGGGGCCCUGUGCCUUGCGAGUCCGAGCGGCCCGCCGGGCACUAACAAUAACAGUAAUCGUCCAUAUGUCAAUAUAUUCCUGAGCACAGAGGAGGUGAAGAAACUAUUAGGGUUGGAUGCGGAGCUUUACUACGUGAGAGAUGAUGAUGUCAACAUGUACGCACUCUCUUUUAUUCCUCCCAUACCCAGUGACAUCAGCACCCUGCACUUCACGUGGCACUCUAAGAAUAAGGUUGAGUAUAAACUGGGCUUCUAUGUGGAGAACGCAGCAGCCAUGGACCAACCGCAGAGCAACAUCUCCUUACAAGGGGAGGUGCCCCGGAGCCGCUCAGUAUUCCGGGUAGACCUGUUCUGCUCAGGGAAGGUGGACGAAGAGGCUUUGGUGACUGUGCAACUCAAUUUGACCAUCAGCCCCAAGAACAUCACAGUGCUCAACUUCAAACGCAGGAAAAUGUGCUACCGACGAGUCGAGCAGCCCGACCUUCCCAAGAUCCCCAUCGUUCCCAGUGGUGGCCAAAACAAACCAGACUUGGAUCCUGGGAGCGCGCCCACCACCUCCACGCGAGUGUUCUACAUCAGCGUGAGCGUCUGCUGUGCAGUCAUCUUCCUCGUGGCCAUCAUCCUCGCCGUGCUCCACCUGCACAGCAUGAAGAGGAUCGAGCUGGACGACAGUGUGAGCGACAGUGGCAGCUCUCAGGGCCUGUCUCAGCCCUCCACCCAAACCACACAGUACCUGCGCGCAGACACGCCCAACAACGCAACGCCCGUCACCAACAGUCACCCUGGUUCUGCACCCAUCCAUCAGCUUGCUGCCGCCUCCUUCCCAAAUCCCGGCGCCCCCUCCCAGCAAAGCAAAAGCUAUCCCUCGCUUCGCAUCGAGAAGAACGACCUGAGGAGCGUGACCCUGAUGGAGGCCAAAGCCAAGGUCAAAGACAUCGCUAUCUCCCGGGAGAGGGUCACACUACGGGACGUCCUGCAUGAAGGUACAUUUGGCCGCAUAUUCCACGGAGUCCUUCUGGAUGACAAAGACCCCAGCAAGGAGAAGCAAGUCUUUGUGAAAACAGUCAAAGAUCAUGCCUCUGAAGUGCAGGUAACCAUGAUGUUGACGGAAAGCUGUAAGCUCCGAGGUCUACACCACAGGAACCUGUUACCCAUAAGCCACGUGUGCAUAGAGGACGGAGAGAAGCCCAUGGUCCUGCUGCCCUACAUGAACUGGGGUAAUCUCAAGCUCUUCCUGCGACAGUGCAAGCUGGCUGAGGCCAAUAAUCCACAGGCCAUCUCACAGCAGGACCUGGUACACAUGGCCAUUCAGGUCGCAUGCGGGAUGAGUUACCUGGCACGAAGAGAGGUCAUCCAUAAAGACCUGGCAGCCAGAAACUGUGUCAUUGACGACAGCAUGCAGGUGAAGAUCACAGACAACGCCCUGGCCCGAGACCUGUUCCCCAUGGACUACCACUGCCUGGGGGACAACGAGAACCGGCCCGUGCGCUGGAUGGCCCUGGAGAGCCUGCUCAACAAUGACUUCUCCAGCGCCAGCGACGUGUGGGCUUUCGGUGUGAGUCUGUGGGAGCUGAUGACCCUGGGUCAGACCCCGUACGUGGACAUCGACCCCUUCGAGAUGGCCGCCUACCUGAAGGACGGCUACCGAAUAGCACAGCCAAUCAACUGCCCUGAUGAGCUGUUUGCUGUGAUGGCCUGUUGCUGGGCCUUGGACCCGGAGGAGCGACCCAAAUUCCAGCAGCUUGUUCAGUGCCUCACAGAGUUCCACGCAGCUCUUGGGGCUUACGUCUGAAAUCCAGCCUUAGGCUUUUGGUUCGGGCCCACCAGCACUACCUGAGAAGAUUAUAAUGAGAAGAAGAGAAUAAACUAGUGCCUUAUGGAAAGAAAUAAGAAAGAAAAGACUUUCUGACCUAUUUUUAUUCUUUUUUUGGUUUUGAAUUUUUUUUUUUUAAUUAUACAGAAGACGAUACAUUUCCAGAACUUUGAUCAAGUGUAAAACGAUCACAAAGAAAGAGCACAGAGAAACUGUUAUCGCUUCGCUGGAGCGGAAGCAUGUGACCUUUCUGAGUGCCCGAGAUCCUUCUUGUCUCUUUCGUCACCAUGGAAAUGUGUACAUCUUCAUCUCUCCCAGUGGAACUCCCGUCUGCUUGGGCAGACACAGGGUCACACUCUGCUGAGGAACUGCCAUUGAUGUAUCCCAGACAUGAUCCGGUGCCAAGUUUUGUCUGCCCCCUUUUUCUUUGGAAGCCCCAUCCUUGGCCCCGGGGCAUCGACUCAAGCUUAAAGCAACAAUGCUGAAGUCGUAUCCUUUCCAGAGAGGAUGAGCUUGAAGGUUUUUUUUCCUAUUGUUUUUGGACAUGGCAGUGAGAGGUGACUCCACUGUGCUGAAGCGUGAAUGGGAAUCCAAAGCUGAAAGAAAGCAGCUGGUGUAUAUGUGUGUUAAUGUGUGUGUGUGUGUGUGUGUCUGUGCAUGGGUGUGCGUGUGUGCCUGCUUGAAUGUGUGUGUGUGUGUGUGUGUAUAUUACACAAUCAUAAUGGAGCUUCAGCCAUUUACCUGUUGGGGCUUCUGGUGGUACGCCAAGUCAGACUGAGAUGUUUGCCAAUCCUUGUGCGGUCCCUCCAGCCAAUCCCUUCACAGGGACAUUAUCCCAUGGGGUCUAAUCAGAUGCCCUCUUCUUAACAUGCCAUCCCAACAAAAUACAUUCUCAACAGAGUGAGUGGACCAGACUGUUCUAUACACCAGACAUAUGCUGAUACUCUGCACUGGUAUUCAACAGAAGACCAGUGUCCGACUGGACUGUGGUACGUCCUCAAAGGAAAGAAAACAAGAAGUCCUGCUCCUUUUCUAUGUUUGACUGUUCUGUGUCAGAACUAAAUGCACCAUUUGAAAUAUAGGAAACAUGAAUUAUGGUAUUAAGGUAAGAAGUACCCGGUCACUGUGAAAAUCAUGGAGUGUUCUGAGCAGACACCAUUUUCCUAACUCUUCUUUUAGCAUCUAUAGGGUCUUCUUCAUGUGACUUCAUGAUCACCGCAUGUUGAUUUUUAAAGGUUAUUGUGUAAACGGCUUCCUGAUUUUCAUACCCACCUACCAAUGACAAUGGAACCCUUGAAUAAAACAGUCCUUCCAUUGCA